CCAAUGUUUCUGAAACCGGUGAACAUCAAGUCGAACUCUAAGAUCAAAGCGUCUGAAAGGAAACAGGUGUUGGAUUCCUUUCGGGCUCAGUACAAACUUGAAGUGAAUGUUCUUCCUACAGCCCUAAACUCAGCUAAUGUUUUUCGUCUAAAACUUGCCACGUCCGAGUUAUGCCAUGUUACUGUGCUCAAAUACGAUGACCAUCCUCUACUCAUAGAACACGAGAAUCGCUUAAUACCCACUGUAUUCCUCUUGUGGCUUAUCCCUGAUCUUUUACCGAGCUUCACAACCCACGAAAGUCUUAUUCCGAAGCUUGCUUCUGGAGCAGACCUCAUGCUCCCUGGACUUGUGCUGGAUCAGCCGUUGACCCCGAAGAGUUUCGAUGGGAUUGAAAAGGGGAUCCUGUGUUCCAUCAUUACAAGCUCCAACCGUGCCCCGUUUGCCGUUGGGCAUACUGCCAUGUCCAGUUACGAUAUGUUCAUGAGCGGUGGUCGAGGAAAAGUGGUUAUUGUUUACCACAUUAUAGGUGACAAUAUCUGUUCACUGGGACCUUCUGUUUCGCGUCCUCUCUUGGUUGAUCCAGCACAUUCUUCUGUUUCGCAGGAAAAGUUAGGAAACGAAGCUACUACUGCAUCCGAAGAAGAAUCCCAACUUCCUCUGCACGUAUCUUUGGGUGACCUGGAAAUCGGACAAGACGAUGCUGUAGAUAUGGAUGACCUUUUCCGAUGCUCUUUCCUGCGUGCACUAAAACUGCUCAAAGACAAACAGCUUCCGAUGCCCGUGAAUGUGUUUUAUGCACAACACUUGUUGACACAAAAGCCUCCAAAAAUCGAUUUGGAUAUCAAGAAAACUUCCUACAAAAAGGUCAGUGUUUUCCUCAAAGCGAUGCAGGAUCAGGGCCUAGUGUCUCUGACUGAAUCACAACCCGGUAUUCUGACCCUCACGUCCGUAAAUCACGAUCACGAUGCCCUUUGCAACGUGAAGGCCUUGAGCGAACCGAAUAAUCCAGUUUCCUCGAAGAAAUCCACUGCAGACUGGCCUCCUGGGUACCACGGACCCCCAAAUAUUGAAGAGGUGCGAAUCAUUACGGGCCCUUCUUCGGCGCUGUUCAAUCAAUCUGGUUAUGGGCCCAAUGCAUGUAUCUCCCAAUCGGAAGUACGAAAGGUUGUCGAUCAGUACGUUCGACAGCGGGGCUUACAACGCAAGGAUGACCCUAGCUUAGUUCAACUCGAUCCUUUGUUGAUGAAAUUCUGCAACCCAAAUAUGUACCUUGAGGCGACCGAAAGCACCCUGGCCAAUCCAGUAUACUUGAUGCGCUUUCAACAGUUGUUUUCCUGUACAUUACAACAAUUGCCACUCGCUUAUCGUAUUAGCCCCGCUGAAGGUGCUGGUCCCUCAUUGCUAUGGCGCAAGAAACACCCGCCUGUAAUAGAUCUGACAGUGGUCAUGAAGAAUGGAAAGAAGCUGACUCGGGUAUCGAACCUGGAAACCUUCACAAUUGAUCCAGACGCAUUCGCGAAACGACUGCAAUUGACGCUCGCCUGUUCUGCUGGACGUGUUGAGGAUCCACAACACAGGGACACAAUUACCAUUCAGGCUCAGGGAUCUCAUGAGGCUGCUGUUUCUAAGCUACUCACAGGUGCCACCACUCUGAAGUGUGCCAGAGGUCAGGGUGCCGAACGAGCUGAAGCUACUCAAAAGUUCACAAUAAAAACACACGACCUCGCGCGCCCCGUUACCUUAUCAUAUUGCUUGCGCGAGACUCGGGUAUCGAACCUGGAAACCUUCACAAUUGAUCCAGACGCAUUCGCGAAACGACUGCAAUUGACGCUCGCCUGUUCUGCUGGACGUGUUGAGGAUCCACAACACAGGGACACAAUUACCAUUCAGGCUCAGGGAUCUCAUGAGGCUGCUGUUUCUAAGCUACUCACAGGUGAGUUGCUCACGAAUUUUUUAUCUUUCAUUCCCUGA